UUUAUGUUGGCUAGAAACUAGCAUAUGGCAUUUAUACCAUCUUUACUGAAGAUCUCUUUGAUGAUUAGCGUAAAAGAUAGCGCAAGUCUAACGAGUAAGUCGCAUUAGGGGGAAUUGAUCCGACAGAAGCGAUAAUAAUAAACUUACGGAUCGCCAGCGUUUCGACAGUGACUUUAUUUUAACAUAGGAAAUGGACUGAAUCAGAAAAAUGAUAAACAAAUGUAACUCAAACUGAAGAUUAUUAAAGUCACGUUUUUGGCCCCAGAAUGUUUACCAUUUUAUUUUAAAAAAUGGAAUUGAUUUUCGCAAAUCAAAGGACGAAUUCACACCGUUUAAAUGUAUUGACUUUUUUUCCGUAUAAAAUUUUUCCUUUUAUAAAUACAACUUUUCGAAGCACAGUUGCAAAUGAUCACAGAUGUGAAGAUAUGAGCAGGCCAUUACACUCAUCAUUUUUGUUAGACUUGGUCUAAACGCACACUGUUUUCUAGUUUUUUGAAUGAUGAAUUUUGCAUAUCUAAUCCUGGCGAUAUUCAAUUUUCCGUUAAUUCUAAUCUUAUACUAAUCACUAAGUGAUUACAUGACCUCUCCUUUAUGGUUGAAAAAUAAAGUAAUUUAGCCUGCGGUUUUGACUGCUAAAGAAUAUAACUGUUCUGUGGUUGUAACAAGCCAAUAUUCAAUCUGACCAUAUACAUCUGUAAUUUGCUAAUGACAACGUUGAGGGCUAUUAAGACAGGUGGUGGGUUACAAACGACGGCUGAGGUUAAAAACUUGUUCCUUUUCGAGCCAGAUAGAAUGGAGCUCAUGAGAUCAACGCAGACACAGUUCAUUUAAAAGAUGAACCUGAGAUGCGGCAAUGUUUGAGAAGUUUGUUUUCUGUAAUAUGCUUCAUGCCUACCAGACGAUUCAAUCAGCUUCUGCGAGCUUGUCAAAUAUCUGAACCUCUUGGCUUGAUUUUUCGGGGGCACGCCAGUAAAGUCACUAAACAUAAGAUUCGUUGGAGGCGAAUUUCAGGGGAAAGCUACUGGUGAGGUCGAUAGAGACAAAGUUUUCAGCCACCAAAUAUUUUAAAAACAAGGAAAUACAGGAGUAUAAAAAUUGAAGCUGUUUUCAUCGAGUGAUUCUGAAAUGUCACAGGGCAGUGAAGUAAAGAGACUGAACUUUUCACGCAGUCCAAACGUGUCUGUUGGAUCAGAUGUCAUUAAAGUUCAGCAAAAUGCAGGAUACGAACUCCUUUACGAGGUUCUGCCCUUUGCUAUCAUCAUCAUCAUAGUAAAUGGCACUGUUUUCUUCCUGUUUAUGAAAAGCAAGCGGCUUCGAAGUCCUAGUAACUGCCUUCUGCUGAGUUUAGCUGUGUGCGAUUUUACGAACGGCUUCGUAUGCAUACCUCUGUUCUUGGUAGUCGCACUUGGAGUCAUGCCAAACCCGCACAUUGGGAGCUUUAACUACCUGUUGAACAACUGUGUGGCCAUGUCAGCUGCCUAUCACAUUCUUGCAAUCACGCUAGAGAGAUAUUACAGUAUUAAGAAGCCUUUUGUUCAUCGUCAACUGACAAAAAAAGCGAUGCUUAAAGUCGCUCUCCUGGUAUGGGUCGUGGCUCUCAUUAUUGGAUUUAUGCCGUACGCUUGGGACUCACUGCGCAUCACAGACUUAGUCUCCUUCAUGAAGGUAAAGGUUGGCUAUGUAGCCUUCUGUUUGACCUUUGUCUUUCUGAUUCCAUGCGUCCUGAUUGUUACUUCCCAGACUAUCAUGUUUAAAUUUAUAGCAAGAAGUGGUAGACAGGGGCUGACUGCUACCAAGGCUGCUCAGCGGAAAGCAAAGAACGACAAAAAAUGCCUCAUCAUCUUCGCUCUGAUGGCGAUUAUAUACGUGGUAUGUUGGUUGCCAUGGUUCAUACUUUAUUUAUACGUUUCUUUCUGGUUUGUCAGUGGGGAAACCUUAGUCGAGUUGCAAAAGAUAUCUCGGUGGGUCGUUAUUUUCAGGUAUACAACCUCAGUUGUCAAUCCUUUGCUGUACACAUUUUUUAAAAGAGACUUCCUUGUGGCUUUUAAACUGAUCGUCCUGAAGCGGAGCUCUACUUCUUCAGCGAGCUUUGCAUGCACAAGCAAUAAAGUUGAUUCACAACAGAGGAAGUUGAUUACUUCGUCGAAUGGCAAGAAACAUAGCGAGGAGAUUGAAUUGGAAACUGUUGUGUGAAUAUAUGAGACACUGAAAAUGCAAUAGCAGCAGGAUAUGGAAUGGAUAUUUAAAAACUGUUUACCAAAAUAUUUGUUUAUUUAUGUCACUAUGCCGAAAAAUGGUCGGAAAUCAGUCUCUACUCUCAGACUCUUGUUUCAUCUGCUGCUCAGAAAUAACUAGUACCAAUUAGCACGUGCGAUAAGCCCUAUUUACCUGUGUGGUAUGUACUUGAUAGGAGAUAUGCAUUGUCGGGCGUAGAUACGAAAUUUACCCGCAAGUAUUGAUAACAUCUCUCAAGAGUGAGCGAAGUGAAGAAGAUAGGUUCAUUCUUUUAUGUGGAUAUUGAUCUUUCAUGUGGAUAUUUAUUGCAUGUCCGACAAUUUUGGGGCACAUCUUAAGAGCAUCGAAUGCUGAAUGCAGAGAAUAACUACACUUUUACUCAGCUCGCAUGAAGACUACUUUAAUAUGAGGUGUCACUAACGAGCAUCUGAAACAGGACAUUUCUUUAAGUGACGCCAAAUUAAAGCGAGUCAAUGACCUUGGACUUGAGAAGAUCAAUUUAGCGAGGGCAAAUCCAUGAUUACUUUCAAGCAGCUAUAUAUGGAAGUACCUAUUAGGUUCACUUUACAAUAAAGAUAUCAAAGCUGGAAUUUU